AAAUUAUUUUCAAUGUAAUUUUAUCGCUAAAAAGGAGACGUUCUUCUUGCAUUAUCAACUAUUGAGUACUGUACAGUUGUCAAACUGUAAGCCUAUAUAGUCAAGUCUUUAACCCAACUUUUUCUAACCCCCACUCAAUUGCAGGUUCCAAAAUUCCGUGAAGAAAGACUUCUGUGUUUAAGCUUUUUCAGACGCCAUGAUUUUGCAUAUACUUCUCUUAACUGUCUUCUGGGUUGUUGCAAAUCACUUCCUUAACAAGAUCAAGAACCUCCCUCCAACUCCUUUCCCAACUUUACCCAUCAUAGGUCACCUUCACCUCCUUAAGAAACCUCUAUAUCAAUCUCUCUCCAAAAUCUCAGCCCGUCACGGCCCCGUACUUCUUCUGAAAUUCGGCUCUCGCCGUGUCUUCCUUGUGUCCUCCCCGUCCGCUGCCGAAGAAUGUUUUACCAAAAAUGAUAUCGCUUUCGCCAACCGACCGGAUCUACUCGCAGGAAAACACUUGGGCUACAAUUACACCAGCCUCGCAUGGGCUCCGUAUGGGGACCACUGGCGGAACCUCAGGAAGAUCGCUUCCCUGGAGAUCUUAUCCACUAAUCGUCUGCAACAACUCUCUUCUGCUCGCAUAGAUGAAAUCAGAUCGUUAAUUCGUAGGCUUUAUAGAAAUCAAAAUCAGAUAGUGGAUAUGAAAACUGCCUUCUUUGAGCUGACUCUGAAUGUAAUAAUGAGGAUGGUAGGCGGGAAGAGUUACUACGGUGAAAAAGUUAUGGGGGCCGAGUCAGAGGAGUUUCGAGAGAUUGUGGCUGAAACUUUUCGAUUGGUGGGUGCCUCAAAUUUGGUGGACUUUUUGCCAGUUUUAAGGUGGACUGGAUACGGGGGAACGGAGAAGAGAUUGCUAACUUUGCAGGAGAAGAGAGAGAAGUUUAUGCAAAGUUUAAUAGAAGAGCAUAAAACAAAAAUGCGUAGUGAUGAGUAUAAAAAUAAAAAUUUGGAUGGACAGAGAAGGAAGUCGAUGAUAGAAGUGCUGCUGUGUUUGCAAGAAUCUGAUCCUGAGUACUAUACUGAUGAGAUGAUCAGAAGCCUUAUGCUGGUGAUAUUAAUAGCUGGGUCGGAUACGUCAGCUGGAACCAUGGAGUGGGCAAUGUCUCUCCUUCUAAACAACCCAGAUGUUUUGAGAAAGGCACAAGCAGAAAUAGACAAUCAAAUUGGCUCUAAUCACUUUGUCGACGAAUCUGAUUUGGUUAAACUUCCCUAUCUUCGUUGUAUCAUAAAUGAGACUUUACGGUUGUACCCAGCAGGGCCAUUACUGGUACCGCAUCAAUCAUCAGAAGAAUGCAAGGUUGGAGGUUAUCGCAUACCACGUGGCACAAUGCUAUUGGUAAAUUUAUGGGCCAUUCAACAUGACCCAACAAUUUGGGAGGAUUCUACCAAGUUUAGGCCUGAGAGGUUUGAAGGCUUUGAAGGAGUGCGGGAUGGGUUCAAGUUGAUGCCUUUUGGGGUAGGAAGGAGAAGCUGCCCCGGCGAGGGAUUGGCGUUGCGCAUGGUUGGGUUGGCUUUGGGCUCACUUAUUCAAUGCUUUAAUUGGGAGAGACCCAAUAAGGAUAUGGUGGACAUGACCGAAGGAAGUGCUCUCAAUUUGCCCAAGGCCCACCCUUUACAGGCCAAAUGUAGCCCCCGUCCUGGCAUGCUCAACCUUCUUUCACACUUAUCUAAUUUAACUUAAGAAGUCAGAUGAUAAUAACUGAGAUCAUUACUAUAACAGGGAAGAGAUGUUGCUAUACAUCAAUGUUAAUAGUUUUCCCGUUCAGUUCAUAUUUAAGAGAUGAAACUAUGUUAAAUUUUACUAAGAAUGAAACUUGCAACAAUUAUGUUGUGAUAUUUAAUGAUAUCAAACCUUAGUUAUUAAAAGAAAGCAUAUGAUUAUAAAAAUGUCUCUUGGUCA